GGGAAAAUGAUAAAUGUCGUAAGUGGUCAAACAAAAUUCAGUUGUGUUACUACUUCGAGCAAGAAAGGAAGUGUUGGACGGUCUUUCAGCCAUCUCAUCAGCAACAGCAAUGAGACCGAGCAGCCUUCUGCAUUCCGUCCCGCCAUCCCUUCUUUUUCCCCACAUCAGCAGUACUUCAACUUCACCACCGGCGCACGGUGGCCUCGCCGCAACUUCCAUCGGCAAACUCCCUAACACAACCCUGCGUAUACUAGCCAGCACAACCUCCAAAAGGAAAUCCAAAAGGCAAGAAGAUGAUUACCACUCUACUCUUAAAGCCCUCAACUCCAAAGGACGUUUUCCUAGAAAAUCUCUGGGCCAGCAUUAUAUGUUGAAUGCUUCUGUAAAUGAGGAGCUAGUUGCGGCGGCCAAUGUAAAAGAAGGUGAUAUAGUGCUAGAAAUUGGGCCAGGGACUGGUUCUUUGACUAAUGUUCUUGUGAAUGCUGGCGCGACCGUUCUUGCUAUUGAAAAGGACCCCCAUAUGGCUGCACUUGUGAGGGAACGCUUUGCUAGAUUAAACCGCGUGAAGGUUGUGGAAGAGGAUUUUACAAGAUCUCAUAUAGGCUCUCAUAUGUCCUCAAUAUUGCAAAGUAAAAGCCCUCUAGAUGGAACUUCAUGCUCUGCAAAGGUGGUCGCUAAUAUACCUUUCAACAUAAGUACCGAUGUCGUAAAACGACUUCUUCCAAUGGGUGACAUUUUUUCAGAAGUGAUUCUUUUGCUUCAGGAUGAAGCGGCCUUGCGCUUGGUGGAUUCUUCUUUGAAGACAUCAGAAUAUCGACCGAUUAACAUUUUUGUGAACUUCUAUUCAGAUCCUGAAUACUUGCUUAAGGUCUCAAGAACGUAUUUCUUCCCCCAACCAAAAGUUGAUGCAGCUGUUGUUGCAUUUAAACUAAAGCAAACGGUGGAUUAUCCCUGUGUUUCCUCUAUCAAAAGCUUCUUCUCAAUGGUGAAUUCUGCAUUCAAUGGAAAGCGUAAAAUGUUGAGGAAAUCACUCCAGCAUAUAUGCCCUUCCCCUGAUAUUGAAGCAGCUCUAUGUGCUGCUGGUCUUCCCCCCACUUCAAGACCAGAAGAACUCACAUUAGAAGAUUUUGUAAAAUUGCAUAACCUGAUUGCGAAGACAUAGCUGAUCUGAUAACAACUGGAGGAUAUUUCGUUCCGAUGCUAGAUUUGAAUUUCCAAAUGAUGUCGUCUUCGUUGAAGAUCGAUGAAUGAACUUGAAAUGUGUGGAGAAGAAUGCAAGGAGAUAAAGAUUACAGUAAUGUGAAAUGCAGUAACCAGAUGUGUAAGGGGGGCUCGGGCUCAGUCAGAACCAUUGUCUUCUUGCUGCCCCUUUAUAGUAUUUAGCAUAUACAGAGAAAGCCAUGUAAUGAACUCAAAUUGAUAACUUUGAUGUAAAUAAAAAUGCAAUUUCAUCCCUUUUUUAUUUUAA